AUGGGAAGGUAUACAGGAAAAAAAUGUCGUUUAUUAACGAUGUUAUGGCUGACAGCAUUUUUCUUCCUAGUUGAAAUAAUAGUCGGGUAUGUUACUAAUUCAAUGGCGUUAAUAGCCGAUAGUUUUCAUAUGUUAUCAGAUGUGGCAGCGCUGGUGGUUGCGUUUCUCUCUGUCAAGAUGUCGCCCAAAAAAUGGUCGAAAAACACAUUCGGUUGGGCGCGAGCAGAAGUACUUGGCGCGCUAGUUAACGCCGUAUUCUUAGUUGCCUUAUGCUUUAGUAUAACUGUUGAAGCCUGUAAGAGAUUUAUCGAGGUCGAGGAGAUCCACGAAGCUAAACUCCUGGUGAUAGUCGGAGCUCUGGGGUUGUUUGUCAACCUCAUAGGACUGUGUCUCUUCCAUGAACACGGAAACAUGCAUGGACACUCUCAUGGAAUUUCCAGAAGUCACAAUCGACUGAGCACCCUCGUUGGCACUGAUGACAAUGACAAUGAUCAUGACAAUGACACGACGACGAGCACCGCGUAUCGUCCCGCUAGUCCGGUGAAAAAGGUCCACCAUGGACACAGCCAUGAUGCCAGUCAGAUGAACAUGAGAGGUGUAUUUCUUCAUGUACUUUCAGAUGCACUUGGCUCGGUUAUUGUCAUUGUUUCUGCGUUGAUUGUUUGGCUGACCAAGUGGGAGUACAGAUUCUACAUCGAUCCAGCUCUAUCACUGCUAUUAGUCUUACUAAUUCUCCGAUCAGUGUGGCCGCUACUUCAAGAAUCAGCUUUGAUUCUCCUCCAAACAGUCCCGACACACAUUCAAGUAGAAGCUAUCCAGCAACGAUUACUAGAAAAUGUAGAUGGUGUUUUAGCAGUUCACGAGUUCCAUGUAUGGCAAUUAGCUGGUGAUCGAAUUAUUGCAUCAGCUCACAUCAGAUGUCGUAAUUUAUCUGAGUACAUGAAAAUCGCUGAACAGGUCAAAGAAUUCUUCCAUAAUGAGGGUAUACAUUCUACUACUAUCCAACCUGAGUUUAUUGAGGUAAUCAAUAUUUACAUAAUUAAGAAAUGAUCUUGUAUCUUGAGAACUAUUGAUAUUUUUAAAGAUAUAAGCUCAUCCUGACGUUACACUCAUCAAGACCUUUCAUUUGAGUACCCACAUCAAUUUUUCAUAUAUUUUAUAUAUUUAUAUAUAUUAUAUAUAUGUAUAUAUGAAAAAUAUAUGAAAAAUGCAUGUGGGUACUUAAAUGAAAGCUCUUGAUGAGUGUAACAUCAGGAUGAGCUUAUAUCUUAAAAAAUGUCAAUAUUUAAAAAAAUACAGUGCAAUUUAACAAAAUUAUUUAUUUUUUUUUAGUAUCACUCGAAUAGUGAAGUCAAAGAAACUCCUACUGAAGACUGCGUAUUAGAUUGUCCUAAAACUGACAAACCGUGCAAUCAAGCUACCUGUUGUGGUCCUUCUAAGCAGGGACGUGAAACACCAUCACCAGGUGAAACACCAUAUAUGUGCCGACAGCGGAACAGUUUAGCACGAUCAAACAUAGCAAUAAGCGGAAUAGGCAUUAACGCUUCAUCAAAUGGCGGCCAAGAGCAUCAAGAAGUUAACGAGAUGGAACGCGGUUACCUAUUGUCACAAUUCCGUCCAACUGCACCAGAUAAUCCAGAAGUUUGA